CGCCACUCCGCCUCCCAAAUCGACUUCAGUGGACGAGCGAUCGCGAUCCGCAAAGCCAAGAAUUUUUAAUCCUCACGCGCGCAGCGACAGCCGAUCCCUCCCACCAUGGCGGCGGCUCUCCAGGCGCAGCGCCUCUUCCUGACGGCCUCCACCUCCUCCUCCUCCCCCUCCUCAUCCUGCACCGCGCGCCGGCCGCGGCGGAGCACCGCGGCUCCCUGCCGCGCCGCGCUGCGCAUGCCCAGCGGCCUGCAGGCGUCGCCGGCCGCCACCGCCCCCGCGGACCUCGCCCUGAAGCUGGACUGGAUCGACGCGCCUGCAGGAGCCCCGACUGCGGCGGCGGCGCAGGGCGGCACGGCGGGCGAGAGGCUCCGCGCGGUGGCGGACGCCGCGGCGGACCGCGCGGAGAUGCAUGACAUCAUCGGGCGGCAGCGGGACAACUGGAACCACCUGCUGCUCCACUCCACCAACUCCCUCGCGCUCGCGGCCUCCGCCAUGGCCGCGCUCGCGCCGGUCGCUCCUCCGACCGUGGCCGCGCUCAAGGCCUCCGCGGGGGCGCUACUCGCCACCGCGGCGGUCACCAUGGCCGCGGUCAACAGGAUCCAGCCCUCGCAGCUCGCCGAGGAGCAGCGCAACGCCACGCGCCUCUGGAGGCAGCUGGAGCGCGACGUCAGCUACAGGGCGGCGGCGGGGGCCGUCGUCACCGACGCCGACGUGCAGGAGGCCAUGGACCGGGUGCUCGCGCUCGACGCCGCGUACCCGCUGCCCCUGCUCCCCGGGAUGCUGGAGAAGUUCCCCAAGACCGUCGAGCCCGCCCGGUGGUGGCCGCGCCGCCGCCCGCAGCCGCAGCCGCUCAAGAGCAGGAGGUCCAAGAGCUUCGGCCGCCGCGCCGGGAGCAGCAGCAACGGGUGGACGCCGGAGCUGGAGGAGGAGAUGCGCGGCCUCCUCCGCGUGCUCCGGGCCAAGGACGAGCACCAAUACCUGACGGUGGGCAGGCUGGUCCUCACCCUCAACCGCGGCCUCGCCGUCGCGGGCCCGGCGCUGGCCGGCGUCGGCGCCGUGGCCGCGGCCUUCAUCGGCGGCGGCGACGCCGGCGGCUGGGCGUCCGGCGCGGCCGUCCUCUGCGGCGCGCUGGCGGCGGCGGCGAACACGGUGGAGCACGGGGGCCAGCUGGGCAUGCUGUUCGAGCUGCUGCGCAACUGCGCGGGGUUUUACCGGAAGGUGCAGGAGGACAUCGAGGCGGCGCUCGGGGAGGCCGACCCGGAGCGGCGGGAGAACGGGGAGGUGUUCGAGACCAAGGUGGCGCUGCUGCUCGGCCGGAGCGCGGCCGACCUCAGGCAGUUCAGGGAGAUGGCGUCGCCGUCGUUCAGGGACGAGGACAUCAAGGACUACGCCGGCAAGCUCUUCUGAUCGAUCACCGGCGGCAGAGAUGAAGACCGAUUGAGCCCACGAGAAAUGUGCAUAGAUGCGAACUGUACUAAUUAUUAGAAUUUGGAACGAAUGUUCCUAGCUAGGAAUUCAAUUCAAUUCAUUCUUUUGUAACAAGUCGAGGAACCGAAAUGACAAUUCUUUGAUUCAUCCAA